AAAUUUUAGUUACAUUGGAAACCUAAGUAUACUCUGGAGAGGGCAGUCAAGUAGAGAAACAAUUGUUAAUUCCAUCCAAAAUCAGUUGAAGAUAAUCUACACAAACGAUACACUCGAAGAUACAACUUACCGUUUGCCUAUGAGCAGUCUGUUUGUCUCUGCAACUGUGCUGAGUCUGGAAGAAGACAGAAGUGUUUCCCCGAUGCAUCUGUACACCGUUAUGUAUAACUUGCGCAUGGGCGAGCAUGUUGGACGUGACAGAGUAUCAAAUGUAUUGAAAACGAUGUUUAAUGGUGGAAGCUUGUUAAUUCGAUAUACACAGA